GGCGGUAAGGUGGCGUACUAUGAGAUGGGAGGAGAAUACAGCGUGGACAUCGAUGUGGAUAUAGACUGGCCUGUUGCAGAACAGAGAGUACUCAGGUAUGGGUAUUUCGGUAAGGAUAAGCCCGAGGUGGUGCGCCUGCUGCUGUGUAACUUGUGUGGAUGCCUGACGGACGGCCAGCUGCUGCUCUCGUCUCAGGGGCUGGAGAUGGUGUCCCUCAACACCAGGGACUGCAUGGGCAUACGCAUGCUGCAGAGGGAAAACGUGGAGGUGAUUGUCCUGUGUUCAGCUGAUAACUCCAUCCCUAAAGCCAUGGCGGAGCGCCUCUCGGUGCAGAUUGGCUGUGAGAUCCGGCACGGCGUGAAGGACAAGCACUCAGAGGUGGACGAGCUGAGGAAGAAGAGAGGCCUGGAGUGGAAGGAAGUCGCAUACAUGGGUAACGACGAGCCGGAUGUGCAGUGUCUGAACCUGGCUGGGCUGAGCGCAGUACCGGUGGACGGCCCCUUGGUGUCGCUAAACGCCGCCAAGUACGCGUGCCACAGCGCGGCCGGCAGAGGAGCCGUGCGGGAGUUUGCAGAACACAUCCUGCUGCUCAAGACUAAAGCCAAGGCACAGCAGGAACAGCACAGGAAGAGCUUAUAGACACACACACACACACACACACACACACACACACACACACACACACACACACACACACACACACACACACACACAAUUAUUAUAACAUCACACUCAAAACAUGCUGAGUUAAAUCCAUAGGAAAAUACACACACACACACGCUCAGACGUCUUCCAUGUGAACAGUUCCAAUCACACAUUCGACCGUUUGCAAGUUAUGUCAUUUACAGAAACACUCACUACAAAACACACACACUCUCACACACACACACACACACACACACACACACAUUGGAAAACAUAAAAUGCAACAUGACCCCAUCCGCAAUAAGAACUUUUAGAACUUUUAUCAUUUUUAGAAAUACCCACAAACAUACAGCUCACGUUUCAGUAGCACCCACAGGAGGCAAAACAACUCAACCAAAGUUUUUGGGUUUAAUGGGUUUUUGGGGGUUUUCUGUGAAGUAAAUUCUUUGACUACAAUAUAUGUGGAUGAGAAGUUUACUGUAUCUUUAUGUGUGAUGUACAAAAAUUAUGUGAACUUAAAGGUGCAUGUGUAAUAUUUUUAGUAGUUUAUUGCCAGAAUUCUUGCUGCCCAUUCACAAAUGUUACCUUUUUAUUGAAUACUUACCACCACCAUCACAUUCUAAGUGUUCAU